AUGUUACAUGGGAGUUUUGAAAUGGCUGAAGCCAAUCAAAGCAUAUUUUCAAAUAGACAUAUAAUGGUAACUCAAGAUGCAACUGAUUUAGAAGUAAUUCAAAAUGGAGAUAAUGCAAAAGAAGAUGAUUUUGAUAAAAUAAAUAGUAAUAUUUUGGUUGAAGAUGUAGAAGUAGGAAAUGGAGUUUUUUGUUCCAUUUCAACUUUACUUAAAGUAUUGAUACCAUUUUGGAAAUCAGGUGAAAAACCAGUAAUUACUGUAGGUGAUACACUUCGUAAUGAAGUACUAAAACCAGAACAUCAAUUCAGUAUAUGUCUUUAUAUAGGCAAAGAAAAAUAUGAAACAUUAGCAACAGUUUGUAAAAUAUUUGAUUCACAAAUAACUUCUCUUAAAGCUCAUGGUAUUAUUGAUAAUGACAAUAUACACUGGCCAGUUGAAUUUUACUUCUCUGAUGAUUGGAAAUUUACAUCAAUUAUUAUGAGUUUAAAUGCACCAAAUUCAACAUAUUUCUGCUUAUAUUGGAAGAAAAAUCCUUCAUUGUUCACUUCAAUUGAAUUACUUAAUUAUGUACCUGAUGAACUACGUAUUUUAUUGCAAAUAACAGAUGUAUUAAUGGAGUGUUUUGAAAUGGCUGAAGCCAAUCAAAGCAUAUUUUCAAAUAGACAUAUAAUGGUAACUCAAGAUGCAACUGAUUUAGAAGUAAUUCAAAAUGGAGAUAAUACAGAAGGAAUUCAAAAUGGAGAUAAUACAGAAGAAGUUGCUAAUUGUAGUACUAGAUGUGAAACUAAAUAUGAAUCAUUUUCAAAAGUAUGUUUUAAAAUUAGUUGGAACAAAGGAUGUACAGAAUGGAAUACUUAUAGUACAAAAACUUCCUCAGCAGCUGUCAGUUCAUUUUUACAGAUGAUUGGUUGGAAAAAGUGUUCUAGACUUUCUGGACCUCGAGUAUUUGGUUUUGAUAUUAAACCAUUACAUGAUGCUUGUUUACAAAUUCAUAUAAAAACAUUCAAUACUAAUAAUGAAUCAUGUGAACAAUAUACAGAUGAAGAUGAUUUUGAUAAAAUAAAUAGUAAUAUUUUGGUUGAAGAUGUAGAAGUAGGAAAUGGAGUUUUUCGUUCCAUUUCAACUUUACUUAAAGUAUUGAUACCAUUUUGGAAAUCAGGUGAAAAACCAGUAAUUACUGUAGGUGAUACACUUCAUAUAAAACUUGGUGGUGAUGGCAGGAAUGUGGGAAGAAAAAAGAAUCAUGUGUUGUUGACUUUUUGUUUAUUAAAUGAAGGCAAAGAAAAAUAUGAAACAUUAGCAACAGUUUGUAAAAUAUUUGAUUCACAAAUAACUUCUCUUAAAGCUCAUGGUAUUAUUGAUAAUGACAAUAUACACUGGCCAGUUGAAUUUUACUUCUCUGGUGAUUGGAAAUUUGCAUCAAUUAUUAUGGGUUUAAAUGCACCAAAUUCAACAUAUUUCUGCUUAUAUUGUGAGUGUAAUUCCAAGACCAGAUAUAAUAUGGAUCUUUCUUGGCCAAUUACAGGAAAUAAUAAAGGCAAAAUCAUAUUUUGUGGGAAGAAAAAUCCUUCAUUGUUCACUUCAAUUGAAUUACUUAAUUAUGUACCUGAUGAACUACAUAUUUUAUUGCGAAUAACAGAUUUUUAUCAUAGUAAUAAUAAUAGAAGUGCUUCUUGGACUUGGACAUCUUUAAUGGGACCUGAAAAAAAGAAAAUUCUUCAGAGUUUUCCUGUGAGUGAAUUUGUGACUGGAAGUCAUGGAAUUGCUAUAGAAAAUUUAUGGUGCAUAAUAAAUUCUACAUCAGCAAUUCCAGGGCUUUAUAGAAAGGAGGAUGUUACUCCAUAUAUGCAUAUUCUUACAAUGCAUGUGCCUUUUUUUUUGCGUAAAUUAAAUAACCAAGGUCUUUCAUUUAGAUUAUUUUCAACAAGUAGCAUUGAAAAAAAAAAUCAUGAACAAGUCAAGUUGUUUUUUGGUGGCACUACAAUGGGAGGUGGUAACAAAACAAAGCCUGUUGUUUAUGAUAUGAUGAUUCAUAUAAAAACAUUCAAUACUAAUAAUGAAUCAUGUGAACAAUAUACAGAUGAAGAUGAUUUUGAUAAAAUAAAUAGUAAUAUUUUGGUUGAAGAUGUAGAAGUAGGAAAUGGAGUUUUUCGUUCCAUUUCAACUUUACUUAAAGUAUUGAUACCAUUUUGGAAAUCAGGUGAAAAACCAGUAAUUACUGUAGGUGAUACACUUCGUAAUGAAGUACUAAAACCAGAACAUCAAUUCAGUAUAUGUCUUUAUAUAGGCAAAGAAAAAUAUGAAACAUUAGCAACAGUUUGUAAAAUAUUUGAUUCACAAAUAACUUCUCUUAAAGCUCAUGGUAUUAUUGAUAAUGACAAUAUACACUGGCCAGUUGAAUUUUACUUCUCUGAUGAUUGGAAAUUUACAUCAAUUAUUAUGAGUUUAAAUGCACCAAAUUCAACAUAUUUCUGCUUAUAUUGGAAGAAAAAUCCUUCAUUGUUCACUUCAAUUGAAUUACUUAAUUAUGUACCUGAUGAACUACAAUUAAAAAAAAAAAUAGAGAAAAAAAUGAGUCAUAUAAAUGUUCAUUUUGAGUUUUAUCAUAGUAAUAAUAAUAGAAGUGCUUCUUGGACUUGGACAUCUUUAAUGGGACCUGAAAAAAAGAAAAUUCUUCAGAGUUUUCCUAUGAGUGAAUUUGUGACUGGAAGUCAUGGAAUUGCUAUAGAAAAUUUAUGGUAUCAAUUUUUUAAUUUGUAUGAAAUGUUAAGGAAACCAUCAUACAAUGAAGAAGAUAUAAUCAAAUUUGAACUUGAAGCCAAGAACUGGGUGAGAUCUUUUUGUCAACCUACAUUAGGCAUAACAAAUUCUACAUCAGCAAUUCCAGGGCUUUAUAGAAAGGAGGAUGUUACUUCAUAUAUGCAUAUUCUUACAAUGCAUGUGCCUUUUUUUUUGCAUAAAUUAAACAACCAAGGUCUUUCAUUUAGAUUAUUUUCAACAAGUAGCAUUGAAAAAAAAAUUUAUGAACAAGUAUAUAUUUCAUUUUUAAAAUUGUAG